UUUCUGUGCUGCAUAGUAAAUCACCAUGAACUUGGUGACUUAGAGUAACACAUUCUUCUUACUUCAGUUUCCAUGGGUCAGGAGGCUGGAUGCAGCUAGGGCCUCUUAAGGCCUCAGUCACAAUGGGAGCUAAGGAUGGGUUGCUUGUUGUCCAUGCUUUCUCAAGCCACUGGCAGUAUUAGUUCCUUGUUUCGGGAUACAUAAUUGUUUCAUUUCUUCACAGCCAGCAAUCAAGAGGGAGAAUCUAAAACCAGUCUGCUAGAAGAGUCUUCUAUCACAUAGCAAGGGAAUGGAAUGGCUUACUCCUCUGCCCUCUGCUGGUUAGAAGCAAGUCACGGUCCCUUCCACACCUAAGGGGAAAGAGUUACAUGGUAAACCUCAGAAGAUCUGAGAAUUCUGUCGGCCACAUCACCCAAGGAUCCUCCUCUGGUCCUGUACAUCAGAGCUACUUGGGAGAAAGAACAAGAAACACAAGAAGAGGAGCGUUUGAUGGAAGAAAAGAAAAAGAAAAAGCAGGAAGAAAAGAAAAAGAAGGAAGGUGCUCAGAAAAAGGCUGCUGAUCAAAAAACCAAAGUGCCAGAACCUACUAAGACCUGUUCAAGCCAGCUCCAACCUGCCGGUACCAGUACCAGUACUUCCACCAGCACUAUCUCCAGCAGCAGCAAUGGCAAACGUGCAUCUGCCGGUGGCCAGCAGCCAGCUGCAUCCCGUUACCUGCCUCGAGAGGUGCCUCCACGCUUCCGCCAGCAAGAACAGAAGCAGCUGUUAAAGAGAGGCCAGCCGUUACCUACAGGGACUCUGACCAGUGUGAGCCCAGCACAGGUUGCUGGUUCUGCAGGGACAAGCCCUCCCCCACUCCCUGGAACCGGGUCGCAGCAGCAUUCCAGCAAGCUCCAACCAGAUCUCGGUCACAGUGGACUGACAGAUCAUUAUGAAAAUUCCCACUGGGGACAGCAGCCCUCUUACAGAAGCGAUGCCAACUGCAGCUGGGAAAAAGUGAUAAUAGAUAGGACUGACCAGGAGGCGUGGCCUUCCAGCACAGGAACAGAGACUGAAUCUGCCUCAGAAUGUCCUACAGACACUGACUCUGCCUCCAACUGUGGCUCAGAAAACAGUAGCAUGGCUACAGGGAGUGCCCAGGGCAGCUUCACAGGACAUACCAAGAAGACAAAUGGCAAUAACGGCACCAACAGCGCACUGGUCCAAAGCCCUUCUCAUCAGAGUGCCCUUGGGGCAGCAGGAGCUAACGGGAGUGGAGGCACAGGCAGAGCGUGGGGCGUAGCCACGGGCUCCAGCUCUGGCCUGGCUCACUGCUGUGUCAGUGGUGGGGAUGGGAAAAUGGACACCAUGAUUGGCGAUGGGAGAAGUCAGAAUUGCUGGGGUGCUUCCAACUCCAGUGCCGGCAUUAACCUUAACCUUAGUCCUAAUGCCAACCCAGCUGCCUGGCCUGUACUGGGGCAUGAAGGAACUGUGGCCACAGGCAACCCUUCCAGUAUUUGCAGUCCAGUCAGUGCCAUAGGUCAGAAUAUGGGCAGCCAGAAUGGGAAUCCAACAGGCACUCUAGGUGCGUGGGGAAACUUGCUGCCACAAGAGAGCACAGAACCACAAACGUCCACGUCUCAGAAUGUGUCUUUCAGCCUACAACCUCAGAACCUUAACACUGAUGGACCAAAUAACACUAACCCCAUGAGCUCCUCACCAAACCCUGUCAAUGCAAUGCAGACAAAUGGACUGCCCAACUGGGGCGUGGCUGUGGGCAUGGGGGCCAUCCUCCCUCCCCAUCUGCAAGGCCUUCCUGGUGCUAAUGGAUCAUCGGCUUCUCAAGGCAGUGGGGGUGGGGGCGAAGGGAUAAGCAACUCUGUGUGGGGACUGACCCCCAGUAACCCUGCCACAGCAAAUAGCAGUUCUGGGUUCAGUCAGGGGAAUGCAGACACUGUGAACUCAGCAUUAAGUGCUAAACAAAAUGGAUCCAGCAGUGCUGUGCAAAAGGAAGAACGGGGAGGGAGCGCCUGGGACUCGGGACCUCCUGCAGGUCCAGGGGUACUUGCCUGGGGGAGGGGCAGUGGCAGCAGUGGCAUUGGUAACAUCCAUUCAGGAGCGUGGGGCCACCCCAGCCGAGGCUCCUCUAAUGGUAUGAAUGGGGAGUGGGGAAAGCUCCCAAACCAGCAUUCCAGUAGUGACAUCAGUGGGAAAGGACCAGGAGGCUGGGAUGGCCCCACCUCUGCCAGCCAGACUCCUGCCUUGCAGCCUAGCAGUGAACAUGUGAACUCUUGGGCCAAAGCUGCAUCUUCUGGAACUACAGCCAGCGAAGGGAGUAGUGAUGGGUCUGGCAAUCACAAUGAAGGAGGCCCUGGGAGGGAAGGAGCAGGAGAGGGCCGGAGGCGGGAUAAAGGGGUGAUAGACCAGGGACAUAUCCAGUUGCCAAGGAAUGAUCUCGACCCAAGGGUUCUGUCCAACACUGGUUGGGGACAGACUCCUGUAAAGCAAAACACUGCCUGGGAAUUUGAAGAAUCCCCUAGGUCAGAAAGAAAAAAUGACAAUGGGACAGAGGCCUGGGGUUGUGCAGCUACUCAGUCUUCAAACUCAGGGGGGAAGAACGAUGGGUCCAUCAUGAACAGUACAAAUACCUCUUCAGUAUCGGGGUGGGCCAGCUCACCGCCUGCUGCUGUGCCAGCAAACACAGGCUGGGGAGACAGCAACAACAAAGCACCAAGUGGCCCUGGGGUCUGGGGGGACUCGAUAAGCUCUACUGCUGUUAAUAAUGCUGCUGCUGCCAAGAGCAGCCAUGCUUGGAGUGGGACCGUGAAUCAGGAGGACAAGUCACCCACCUGGGGUGAGCCUCAAAAACCCAAAUCCCAAAACUGGGGAGAUGGACAAAGAUCAAAUCCAUCCUGGAGUGCAGGAGGGGGAGACUGGGCAGAUUCAUCAUCUGUCCUUGGACACCUGGGGGAUGGGAAGAAAAAUGGCUCUGGAUGGGAUGCUGAGAGUAAUAGAUCAGGGUCUGGUUGGAAUGAUGCCACAAGAUCUGGGACCAGUGGCUGGGGCAGCAGCACAAAUACAAAGGUGAAUCCAGGUACCAACUGGGGGGAGUCCCUAAAACCUGGUCCCCAACAGAACUGGGCAAACAAGUCCCAAGACAACAAUGUGAGUAACUGGGGAGGAGCUGCUUCUGUUAAACAGACAGGGACAGGCUGGAUUGGAGGCCCAGUGCCAGUCAAGCAGAAGGACAGCAGUGAGGCAACUGGCUGGGAAGAACCCUCUCCACCGUCCAUCCGACGAAAGAUGGAAAUUGAUGACGGUACCUCAGCUUGGGGGGACCCAAGCAACUACAACAAUAAAACUGUAAACAUGUGGGAUAGAAACAACCCAGUUAUCCAGAGCAGUACCACCACCACCACCACCACCCCCUCCUCCACAAGCAACCCUGCACACCGGGGCGGGACACCACCCCCGCACCAGGCCAGCACACAGCUGAAUCGGUCACCAUUGCUUGGGCCAGUUUCCUCAGGCUGGGGAGAAAUGCCCAGUGCUCACGCAAAGGCUGAAAACUCAUGGGGGGAGCCAUCCCCCCCUUCCACCCUGGUGGACAACGGCACAGCCGCAUGGGGGAAGCCACCCAGCAGUGGCAGCGGGUGGGGUGAUCACCCUGCUGAGUCAACGGGGACAUUCGGAAGAGCCAGUGCUCCCACUGCCACCCCAGCCCUGUGCAAGCCAGCUUCCAAAUCUAUGCAAGAAGGCUGGGGCAGUGGUGGGGAUGAAGUGAACCUGGGCCCCAGCCAGUGGGAGGACGAGGAAGGGGACCUGUGGAACAAUGCUGCUUCCCAAGAAAGCACUUCCUCCUGCAGCUCCUGGGGCAAUGCCCCCAAAAAGGGACUUCAAAAGGGCAUGAAGACAUCUGGCAAGCAGGAUGAGGCCUGGAUCAUGAGUCGGCUGAUCAAACAACUCACAGACAUGGGCUUCCCAAGAGAGCCAGCCGAGGAGGCCCUGAAGAGCAACAGCAUGAACCUGGACCAGGCCAUGAGCGCUCUGCUGGAAAAGAAGGUGGACAUGGACAAGCGUGGACUGGGAGUGACUGACUAUAAUGGGAUGGUCACCAAACCCCUCGGCUGCCGCCCACCAAUCUCCAAAGAGUCUUCCAUGGACCGCCCCACCUUUCUUGACAAGCUCACCCUUUCUUUCUCCAAUCAGGAUGGCGGCCUCGUGGAAGAGCCCACGACUUCACCGUUUUUGCCUUCCCCAAGCCUGAAGCUCCCCCUUUCCAACAGUGCACUCCCCAAUCAGGCCCUGGGUGGGAUUGCCUCAGGGCUGGGCAUGCAAAACUUGAACUCUUCCAGACAGAUCCCGAGUGGCAAUCUGGGUGUGUUUGGCAAUAGCGGAGCAGCACAAGCCAGGACCAUGCAGCAGCCGCCGCAGCCGCCAGUGCAGCCUCUUAACUCCUCCCAGCCCAGCCUCCGUGCUCAAGUGCCUCAGUUUCUAUCCCCUCAGGUUCAAGCACAGCUUUUGCAGUUUGCAGCAAAAAACAUUGGUCUCAACCCUGCACUAUUAACCUCGCCAAUUAACCCUCAGCAUAUGACGAUGUUGAACCAGCUCCAUCAGCUGCAGCUGGCAUACCAACGUUUACAAAUCCAGCAGCAGAUGUUACAGGCCCAGCGUAAUGUUUCCGGACCCAUGAGACAACAGGAGCAGCAAGUUGCGCGCACAAUCACUAAUCUGCAGCAGCAGAUCCAACAGCACCAGCGCCAGCUGGCCCAGGCCCUGCUUGUGAAGCAGCCUCCGCCGCCGCCACCCCCGCCGCACCUGUCUCUGCACCCCUCUGCAGGCAAAUCGGCCAUGGACAACUUCCCCCCUCACCCCCAAGCUCCUGGCCUACCUGACCUGCAGACCAAAGAGCAGCAGUCUUCACCCAACACCUUUGCUCCUUACCCUCUCGCUGGACUGAACCCAAACAUGAAUGUCAGCAGCAUGGACAUUACCAGUGGUUUGUCGGUGAAAGACCCAUCUCAGUCCCAGUCACGCCUCCCUCAGUGGACACACCCGAACUCCAUGGACAGCUUGUCCAGUGCUGCUUCUCCUUUGGAUCAGAAUCCUAGCAAGCACGGUGCUAUCCCUGGAGGUCUAAGCAUUGGGCCUCCAGGUAAGUCCUCCAUUGACGACUCCUAUGGCCGGUACGAUUUAAUCCAGAACAGUGAGUCACCAGCCAGUCCUCCUGUAGCUGUGCCCCAUAGCUGGUCACGUGCCAAAUCUGACAGUGAUAAAAUCUCAAAUGGCUCCAGCAUCAACUGGCCCCCAGAAUUCCAUCCUGGAGUUCCGUGGAAAGGACUUCAGAAUAUCGAUCCCGAGAAUGACCCUGACGUCACUCCUGGCAGUGUUCCCACCGGGCCUACAAUCAACACCACCAUCCAGGAUGUCAACCGCUACCUCCUCAAGAGUGGAGGGUCCUCCCCACCAUCCUCUCAGAAUGCCACACUGCCUUCCUCGAGUGCCUGGCCGCUCAGUGCCCCCGGCUACAGUGGCUCUUUGAGCAGCAUUGCCUCCUCACCUAGUGCUGCAGGUAAACUGUCAGACAUUAAAUCGACGUGGUCCUCUGGCGCAGCCUCCCACACGCAAGCCUCUCUGUCUCAUGAGCUGUGGAAGGUGCCGAGAAACACUACUGCACCCACCAGGCCCCCUCCAGGGCUUGCCAAUCCCAAGCCUUCCUCCACCUGGGGUGCCAGCCCCCUCGGCUGGACCAGCUCCUACUCCUCUGGUUCUGCUUGGAGCACCGACACCUCAGGAAGAACAAGCAGCUGGCUUGUUCUUCGCAACCUCACACCCCAGAUUGAUGGUUCUACACUGCGGACGCUGUGUCUGCAGCAUGGGCCUCUCAUCACAUUCCAUCUGAACCUGACUCAAGGCAACGCUGUGGUCCGCUACAGCUCCAAGGAGGAGGCGGCCAAGGCCCAGAAGUCUCUGCACAUGUGCGUACUGGGAAACACUACCAUCUUGGCGGAGUUCGCCAGUGAAGAGGAAGUGAACCGGUUCCUAGCCCAAGGCCAAGCCCUGCCACCCACGUCCAGCUGGCAGUCCAGCAGUGGGAGCAGCCAGCCCCGACUGGGCGCCUCAGGCAGCACCCAUGGGCUGGUGCGCAGCGAGGCGGCCCACUGGAACACCCCCUGCCUGGGCGGCAAGGGGAGCAGCGAGCUUCUGUGGGGCGGGGUGCCCCAGUAUUCCAGUAGCCUCUGGGGCCCGCCCAGCACCGAGGAUGGCAGGGUGAUCGGCAGCCCCACCCCACUGAACACACUGCUGCCUGGGGACCUGCUCAGCGGGGAGUCCAUCUAGGGCCAGGGUCACCUGCACCAGGAGGAGAGCUGACCUUUCCAGUCCCGGGCACUGUGGCCCCAGGACCAGCAGCCCGCGGCCCUUUCGAGUACCUCUGUCCAGUUCCGAAGACGAACCUUCACCGCAGCCCUUGUGAACUGUUUCCAAAACAGUGCAGGCUGCGUUUGGUCAGUGUCACGUGCUAACGACAGGAUGUUCCUCAUAGCUUUUUAUUUUGUGUCGUCUUACGUUUGUAUGGUGUGUUGUCAUUUUGAGUUUUUAAGUAUAAAAGCUGCUUAGAAUAGUUCUAUCAUGAAGGGCACUUUUCAGAUUGUGGGCUGGAAAGGGUUAUUUUAU